AUGGCUUGCUCGAGUUUGAUUAAACUGAACGCCGCCUCCUCAUCGUGGAUCGCCGGCCAGAACCCCGUCAAUUCGCGCCCUCGAUCGGCGCCGCAUCUCAACAAGCGCCGCGUCACUGCCGUCCGUGCCGGAUCUUACACCGAUGAGCUCGUUAAAACUGCUAAAUCUAUUGCAUCUCCAGGUCAUGGGAUCCUUGCAAUAGACGAAUCAAAUGCGACGUGCGGAAAGAGGUUGGCUUCCAUUGGACUUGACAACACCGAAACCAACAGGCAAGCUUAUAGGCAGCUUCUGCUUACGACUCCUGGGUUGGGUGAUUAUAUCUCUGGCGCCAUUCUAUUUGAGGAGACACUUUACCAGUCAACCACCGACGGGAAGAAGUUUGUGGACUGCUUGCGUGAUGAGAACAUUGUGCCCGGUAUCAAAGUCGAUAAGGGUUUGGUCCCACUACCAGGGUCGAACAACGAAUCUUGGUGCCAGGGAUUAGAUGGGUUGGCAUCUAGGUCUGCUGAAUACUAUAAGCAAGGGGCUCGUUUUGCCAAAUGGAGAACUGUUGUAAGCAUACCUUGUGGUCCUUCUGCUCUAGCUGUUAAAGAAGCAGCUUGGGGUCUUGCUCGUUAUGCUGCAAUUUCUCAGGACAAUGGCCUUGUGCCGAUUGUGGAACCUGAGAUUCUUCUUGAUGGAGACCACCCAAUUGAGAGGACACUCAAAGUGGCUGAAAAAGUGUGGGCUGAGGUUUUCUACUACCUGGCAGAGAAUAAUGUUACCUUUGAAGGGAUUUUGCUGAAACCAAGCAUGGUAACUCCGGGGGCUGAGCAUAAAGAGAAGGCUUCUCCAGAUACCAUUGCUAAAUUUACACUCACCAUGCUUAGAAGAAGAGUGCCACCUGCAGUGCCAGGAAUCAUGUUCUUGUCUGGGGGACAAUCUGAAGCCGAGGCAACACUAAACCUGAACGCAAUGAACCAAAGCCCCAACCCGUGGCACGUCUCAUUCUCCUAUGCAAGAGCACUCCAGAACACUGUGCUCAAGACAUGGCAAGGCCGCCCAGAAAAUGUCGAAGCUGCUCAGAGAGCACUUUUGGUGCGCGCAAAGGCAAACUCGUUGGCACAGCUCGGGAAGUACUCUGCCGAGGGCGAAAGUGAAGAGGCAAAGAAGGGAAUGUUUGUCAAGGGCUAUACUUACUAA